CCCUGUUGAUGAUACUUAGCACAUUCUUCCUGAGCACAGCACACCCUCCUUGUGCAAGAACCCAGAGCUGCUGAAGGCUGGGAGCUGCAGAGGAACUGCAGAGAGACCAGCAAGCCAUGGUGUUUCCAUGGAGAUGCCAGAGUACUCGGUGGGGCUCAUGGAGCAUCCUCAAGCUGUGUGUCUGGACAGUGCUCUGUUGUGACUUCCUGGCGUACCAUGGAACUCACUGUUGGACAUACCACUAUUCUGAAAAAUCCAUGAACUGGGAAAAUGCUAGAAAGUUCUGCAAGGAAAACUACACAGAUUUAGUGGCUAUACAAAAUAAGAGAGAAAUUGAGUAUUUGGAGAAGACAUUGCCCAAAAACCCUACUUACUACUGGAUAGGAAUCCGGAAAAUUGGAAGCAUAUGGACAUGGGUGGGAACCCACAAGCCUCUCACUAAAGAAGCAGAGAACUGGGGAGCUGGAGAGCCCAACAAUAAGAAGUCCAAGGAGGACUGUGUAGAGAUCUAUAUCAAGAGGGAAAAAGACUCUGGGAAAUGGAACGACGAUGCCUGCCACAAGCGAAAGGCAGCUCUCUGCUACACAGCCUCUUGCCAGUCUGGGUCUUGCAGUGGCCAUGGAGAAUGCGUGGAAACCAUCAACAAUCACACCUGCAACUGUGACGAGGGGUUUUACGGGCCCCAGUGUCAGUAUGUGGUCCAGUGUGAGCCAUUGAAGGCCCCAGAACUGGGUACCAUGGACUGCACUCACUCCUGGGGACACUUCAGCUUCCAAUCACAGUGUACUUUCAACUGUUCGGAGGGAACAGAGCUACUUGGGACUAGAGAAACCCACUGUGGAUCAUAUGGAAACUGGACAUCCCUAGAGCCUGUCUGUCAAGUGACUCAGUGCCAGCCUCUCACAGCACCUGACCUGGGAAUGAUGGAAUGCAGUCACCCCCUGGCCAACUUCAGCUUCACUUCUGCCUGUACCUUCACCUGCUCGGCAGGAACCGACUUAAUUGGAGAGAGAAUAAGUGUCUGCGGGAUGGCUGGCAUCUGGUCUAGUCCUCGUCCUCUAUGUCAAAAGACAGACAGAAGUUUCUCAAAGAUCAAGGAAGGCGACUAUAACCCCCUCUUCAUUCCGGUGGCUGUCACAGUUACUGCAUUCUCGGGGCUGGUAUUUAUCAUUUGGCUGGCAAGGAGGUUAAAAAGAGGCAAGAAAUCUCAGAAAAGGAUGGAUGAUCCAUACUAAUUCAUCCUCUUUGAAAGGAAAAGUCACAAGGUGCCAAAAAAAAAAAAAAAGUUUGGAAACAACUUCAAAUCCUCCCACAAAGAUUUUGGACACAGGCAUCACCCACAGUGAAGAUGAAAUGUUUGCUUCAGGGUAUCUGGAAGGAUUUCUACAUGACCGACAGCUCCUCUGGCCUCCUCGCUGCACACUCAGCUCCUUGACCCUAGCCUGUAAUUUUUGUUUAUAUAGCUCAGGAUUUUAUUACCUUUUCUGUGGAGAGAAAAAGGGUUACUCUGGGGUAUGAAGAAGUCUGACCUCGCUCUUUCCUAACUCCUGUUUCCUGCUUCAGUUCAGUACUGGAUCUGAUACCAAACACAGUGAAAAUUUGAUACACACAUAACUGAACCUUGCACACAGUCCAUAAACUAUGAAGAAGAUGAUAAAAACCAUUGCUUUCCACCUCCAAAGAGGGCUGUUUUGUUCAAGUUAGACGAGUCUCAUUUGCACUGUAGCCCCACUUCCUGUGAGUGGAAGCCACCGUGACCGUUCACACUCACCUUCCCCGUGUCCUUUCCAUAGCUGGCUAACUUCCACACAUAGCAUCUCGUAGCCAUGGAACAAAUAAGAGAAAAUCGCCUGAACCGACUGUUAGUUUUGAAGUUUCUUUUCUCUUUAGUACAUCUCUCUAGGUUCUUUGAGGUCAGGGUUCUGACGACUACUUACUGUUAAUAUUGACAUGACCCACUAUCUUGGAAUGUAGGUAAUAAAUAUAUCUCUGAUAUUAUGAAGAUGAGUUAAAACAGGUAGAAAGAUUCCUGGACUCAUGCUGAAGUGACACCUUCCCCUUGCCCUAAUAGCUCCUACUCAAAAACAUACAUUCUAAAUUUAAGUUUCAGGAGAGCUGUCCUUGUCUCUUGCUGCUUCUUUUAUAGCUAGCUCUUUAGCUCACGAACUAGGAACUCCAGAGAUCUGGAGCAUUUCUCGGCUUCACUCUGCAGGGUACAUUUAAAUACAGCCCAUUUAAAAAACUG